AUGCCGGCCCCAUCUACCGCUGCCCCUGAUCAGAAUGACAAUGAACAGAAUGUUAGGUUGGGAACCUUCAUGUUGGAGAGAGAUACUGAGCACUGGUGGGGCUCCGUGAAGAAAUCAUGGGAGCAGUCAGGGACAGAACUAAGUUGGGGAAAUUUUUUAGAAGCAUUCAAUGAGAAGUACUUCCCUGACUUUGUACGGGAAAGAAAGGAGGUGGAUUUUAUUGAGUUGCAUCAGGGAAAUCUAUCAGUAGAGCAGUAUUCAGCUAAGUUUGCUGAGCUGUCAAGGUAUGCGCCACACAUCAUGAAUACUGAGGUGCCAAAAGAGAACAAAUUUGAGAGGGGCCUUAGGCCAGAAAUAAGGUGGAGGGUGAUAUCAGCGAACAUCAAAACCUUCCCACCUUUAAUAGACUUGGCUAUGAAGAUCGAGAGGGAUUGUGAAGAGUCCCUGGUUGGGGGAAACUGGAAGAUGGGACCAGCCCAAUUUAGAAACUUGGGAAGGAAGGCUCGACCACCACCAAGGAAGAACUUCAGGGGAAGAGAUAACUAG